CCAACCUCUUUUUGGUUGCAAAAGAACGGCAGAAACAUAAUAGUUGAACUUCAACUGGUGAAGCCAUUCUGGACCUUUGUUCCAAGGAUCACAAGGAAGUAGAGGUGGGAGGUGUUACUGCUGCAGCCUUCUUCCAGCUCUUGGCAUUUUAUGCUAAGUUGCAGUGGACAGAAGCCUCCUUUUGCAGUCAUCCUGACUUUUACUCGUGAAAUUUGACUCAGUCCAGCAAUUCCGAUUUUAAAAAAGAAAAACCCUUAAAAUGGAAACUGUUGUUCGCCGCUGCCCAUUUCUGUCAAGGGUAUCACAGGCCUUUUUACAGAAAGCUGGAAAGUCACUGCUCUUUUAUGCUCAAAACUGCCCUAAAAUGAUGGAGGUUGAGGCCAAGUCUGCUUCCCGUACUGUGAGUACUUCAGAUGCUUGCUGUCGAGAAGUGAAGGAAAUGAUCCCAGCUAGUGAGAAGGCCAGAAAUGCCACGGGUAUGGCUCAGCAAAAUAUUAGUGGAUCCCAGCUGCCCACUGGCCAUCCACCUACUGUUAAGAGCCAGAAUUCUGCCACCAAAUGUCCUUUCCUGGUAGCUCAGAUGAAUCAUGAGACUAGUAAUGCCUUCUGCAAAGCCAGUCUAGAACUCCAGGAAGAUGUGCAGGAAAUUCAGGCAGAAAGAAAAGGUGUUGACUUUGCCAAAACAUUAGUUAAUUCCACUGAAAUAAACAGGAAGACUGAUGGAGAAGAGCAAAAUCACUUUAUGAAGAAAUUCCAGGAUAUUAUGCUUAAGCAAAGACCAGAGAGAGUAUCUCAUCUGCUGCAGGAUAACUUGCCAAAAUCUGUGUCUACCUUCCAGUAUGAUCAGUUCUUUGAAAGAAAAAUUGAUGAGAAAAAAAAGGAUCACACAUAUCGAGUAUUCAAAACAGUGAACCGAAAGGCACAGGUCUUUCCCAUGGCAGAUGACUACUCGGAUUCCCUCAAAAAAGAGGUGUCUGUUUGGUGCAGCAAUGAUUAUCUGGGGAUGAGUCGCCACCGUCGAGUGUGUGGAGCAGUUAUGGAUACACUGAAACAACAUGGUGCUGGAGCCGGAGGCACUAGGAAUAUUUCUGGAACAAGUAAAUUUCACGUUGACUUGGAACAAGAAUUAGCUGAUCUCCAUGGAAAAGAUGCAGCAUUAUUGUUCUCAUCUUGCUUUGUUGCUAAUGAUUCUACCCUUUUCACUUUAGCUAAAAUGUUGCCAGGCUGUGAGAUAUACUCAGAUGCAGGAAACCAUGCCUCCAUGAUUCAAGGAAUUCGAAACAGCAGAGUACCGAAACAUAUAUUUUACCAUAAUGAUGUCAAUAAUCUUAAAGAACUAUUGAAAAAAUCAGAUCCAGCUAUUCCUAAAAUAGUUGCUUUUGAAACUGUUCACUCAAUGGAUGGUGCAGUCUGUCCUUUGGAAGAACUGUGCGAUGUGGCUCAUGAACAUGGUGCAAUCACCUUCGUAGAUGAAGUGCAUGCUGUUGGGCUGUAUGGUGCUCGAGGUGGAGGCAUAGGAGAUCGGGAUGGAGUUAUGCAUAAAAUGGACAUAAUAUCUGGAACACUUGGCAAAGCAUUUGGUUGUGUAGGAGGGUAUGUUGCCAGUACAAGAUCCUUGAUAGAUACCAUACGUUCCUAUGCUGCUGGCUUCAUUUUCACAACAUCGCUGCCACCCAUGCUUUUAGCUGGUGCACUAGCAUCUGUCAGAACUCUAAAGAGUGAAGAGGGGCAAGUUCUUCGACGCCAGCACCAACGCAAUGUUAAGCUUAUGAGACAGAUGCUGAUGGAUGCUGGACUUCCUGUAAUACACUGUCCUAGUCACAUCAUUCCAAUCAGGGUUGCAGAUGCUGCUAAAAAUACUGAAAUAUGUGACACGUUAAUGAGCCAGCACAGCAUCUAUGUCCAAGCAAUAAACUAUCCCACAGUUCCUCGUGGAGAAGAGCUUCUGCGUAUUGCCCCUACCCCUCAUCACACACCUCAAAUGAUGAGCUAUUUCCUUGAAAAACUGCUGGCUACGUGGAAAGAUGUUGGUCUGGAAUUGAAGCCACACUCUUCAGCUGAAUGCAACUUCUGUAGGAGGCCUCUACAUUUUGAACUAAUGAGUGAAAGGGAAAGAUCAUACUUCAGUGGCAUGAGCAAGCUAUUAUCUGUUAGUGCUUGAAAACUAUCUAACUUAAUCUCAUCUAUGUGUAAUCAUCUAAUAUCCAGACAUCCCUGUAGCAUUUCUAAAUUGCAUGUUAAGUUAAAAUGUUUUAUCUAAUACUCAAGGCACCAAACUCCAAAAAUAAAUUUCAGGAUGAUA